AUGGAACGAGCGUAUGGCUGGCUCUACGACAGUUGUAAUGGCAACGAAUUAAUCAUUAAUGUUGUUGCUGGGAAUAUAAUUCUAUCCACGUUUUUCUACAUCUUCAACUCGAUAUUCGUGCUCGUUGACGUUUUCGAACCUUCCUGGAGCAGAGCAUUUAAAGUGCAACAGGAUAAAAAGCCAUCACCCUCAAAAUAUGUUGAGGCGAUCAAACUCAUCCUUUUUAAUCAGGUGGUUGCCGGAACCAUCACCAUUGCUGCAUUUCACUAUCCGAUGAAGUUGACAGGAGUAUCAUUUGGUAAGGAGUUACCCGGGAUAACCAAUGUUUUGCCUCAAGUCUUGUUCUGUAUUCUCGUAGAAGAAAUUGGUUUCUACUAUUCACACAGACUUUUCCAUCAUCCAAAGAUUUAUAAAAAUAUCCAUAAAAUUCAUCACGAGUGGACCACACCUGUUUCCAUAACAAGCAUUUACUGCCACCCUAUUGAGCAUGCUCUAUCAAACUUAACUCCUGUGCUGUUAGGUCCAACACUUUGCGGUGCACAUGUGACAACACUUUGGAUUUGGGCAUGUAUUGCUGUUAUGUCCACUACGUUUUCACAUUCUGGAUAUCACUUCCCAUUUCAACCAUCUCCAGAAGCUCAUGACUACCAUCACAAAGUAUUUAAUGAAUGUUUCGGUGUUCUUGGGAUCCUGGACCAUCUCCACGGUACUGCAACGAAUUUCGAAAAUUCGGUCUACUACAAGCGGCACAGAACAUACUUUUCUUUGAAACCUAUCAAAGAAAUCUAUCAAGAAAAAGAGAGUUAG